AUGAGCUCAGAUUGUAGUAGUAGUGUGUUUGUGGCAGCUUGUUGCUCAAGCGCAAUAGUUUGCACGAUCGUUGGUAUACACCUUGGUUGUUCAUGGCUCUACACUUGCGGUUAUCGUUCUCAGCUGUGGAACCAGUAUGGCUUAAAGAAGACUCCCUGCAAUGACUGCUUAGUUCACUGGUGUUGCGGACCAUGUGCCUUGUGUCAAGAGUACCGUGAGCUUCAAAACCGUGGCUUCGACAUGUCCAUAGGAUGGAGAGCAAAUGCUGCAAGACAAACUGGAGGAGUGGCUAUGGCUCCGGUCGUCGAAAAGGGCAUGGCACGUUAG